AUGCAUAAGUGGACAUGGGAAGACGCGAUUAGCAAAAAAGAGACGCUUUUGUCGGUGGCACGGUGUUCCAACAGUGCAUCUCGGAUUUGCCGACGCCUGAUUGGUCGUCUUGACGAGGCCUCGAACCUUUCGCCACAUCUCACUCUCGUCACUUUCGUCUUGUCUGGCCCGCUGCUCUCUCUUCUCGUCGCCGUGCCCCCUUUUCACUCGUCGUCACCUCUCUCAACCUGUCUCCUGUCUUUGCGCCUCGCCUCACCUCACCUCACCUCACCUCACCUCUUCGUCGUCUCUGCUCGAGCCCGAUCCGACGGGACGGUCCAUUCUCUGCCGUCGCCUGCACUCCCUCUCGGCGGUGGCGCCACGUCCGAUUUCGCGUCGCUUUUCACGUCGCUUUUCACGUCGCAUUGUCCACAUUCCGUGAGCUGUGUUCGCGUGCCUCUCGAAUGGCUCUGGCCGGAGUUCUGGCUCAUUCGUGAGCCGGCCUCGCAGGGCUCGUGUUGUAUGCUUGUGGCAAACGCCAAUCGCGACAACCGGGACAAACGGGACAAGCGGGACAAGCGGGACAAGCGGGACAAGCGGGAGAAGCGUCGUGGGCCGUUUCAACAUGGCCUGCCCGAGGGUGCCGACAGCCUCGAUGACGCAAGAGGCUCGUCUGGUCAUGGCGAGAUGCGAUCUCCUCAAGGCCAUCAUGUCGCACGACGUCAGUCGGCUCGCCGACGAGUUGGCCGAACUGCAGGACCAACGCAUCGAGGCCGAGGUGUUGGCCUCGCAGUUGGACGAGGACGGCAACACGGCGCUGCACUUGACGGUGGAAAGUGA